AUGCAGCAACAUCCCACAAUCCUACCUCCACCAGCUCUACCAGACGGAUCGAUACCACCACGAUCAAGGGAGAAGGAAGAGAAUCUGAUCAGAUUCCAAGCGGAGCUAGAAUUCAUCCAAUGUCUUUCGAACCCUCAAUAUCUCCAUUCUCUAGCUACUCAAGGGUAUUUCGGUAAAGAAACAUUCAUAAAUUACUUGAAGUAUUUGGAAUAUUGGAGAAAACCUCAAUAUGUCAAGUUCAUCGUCUACCCAACAUCCUUAAUCUACCUUACACUCCUUCAAUCAUCUUUAUUCCGAGAAAGACUCGCAGAUCCGGUAUUCGUAAACGAAUUAAUAAGAGUCGGUAUCAAACGUCAUGAAACAUGGCGUAUCGAGAAACCACAGACUGCAAAUGCAACUACAAGUACGAAUAACGAUGAUGAGAAGAAAAAUGUUGCUCCAGACGGUCAAAUUAUCAACAGUCACAUUGAAGAUGAUGGAUAA